AUGGCCCAUAGGCGAAUUGAUAGUCGAUAUGUCGGAUCCCAUCCGCUCCUAAAUAGAGUGCUGUAUAACAGAAUACUUUCUUUUUACGCGACCCCUUUGUUUCGCUUGCUGUCGUCGCGCUGCCUGUGGAUCCGCCGCCGUUAUUGGUUUCUCUCGGCCGUUGAACCUCUGCUUCUAUUUUCGUCAACAGGAAUUCUGUACUGGUUUUGUGUUGGUGAGGAACAAUGUUCGGAAGCAACCUCUGACUACAUUGCAACUUUUGGGCAAUCAUCUAGUAGCCCAUUUGGGUCUCAACCCAUUUUUGGGCAGACGAAUAAUGCUAGCAGCAAUCCAUUUGCUCCAAAACCCUUUGGCAGUACGAGCCCUUUUGGUUCACAGACUGGGGGGUCCAUCUUUGGAGGGACGUCUACUGGUGUUUUUGGAGCUCAAUCUUCUUCUCCUUUAGGUUCCACUUCUGUUUUUGGUGCUUCAUCCUCACCUGCUUUUGGAAGUUCAACCCCAACUUUUGGAGCUGCUUCAGGUUCUGCCUUUGGAAACUCGUCUUCAGCAUUUGGUGGUUCCUCAGUGUUUGGUCAGAAACCCGCUUUCGGUGGUUUUGGAUCUACUACUCAGACGAGUCCUUUUGGAGCCUCGUUUCAACAAUCACAACCGGCUUUUGGGAGCAAUGCGUUUGGUUCACCUUCUCCCUUUGGUGCACCAAGUCAACCUGCUUUUGGUGCACAAACGACACCAGCUUUUGGAAGCAGUUCCCCUGCAUUUGGUUCUACCUCAAGUCCUGCAUUUGGUAGUACCAGUGGAGGUUUUGGUGCGACGAGUUCUCCUUUUGGAUCAAGCACACCAGCAUUCGGUGCCCUUACAACUCCUGCAUUCGGUACCACUACCACUCCUGCAUUCGGUGCCACAACGACUCCUGCAUUCGGUGCCACGAAUACUCCUGCAUUCGGUGCCUCGUCUCCGGCUUUUGGAGCUUCAAGUACUCCUUCUUUUAACUUUGGAUCCAGUCCAGCAUUUGGCCAAGCAACUUCUACAUUUGGUAAUAAUCAAUUUGGCACAUCAGCAUUUGGAGCUCCUCAAACAUCUUCAUUUGGAGCACAAACAGCGACUUCUGCUUUUGGUGGCCCAGGUUUUGGCCAGUCUACUUUUGGAGGGCAACGAGGGGGAAGUAGGGUAUCUCCUUACUCACCAACAACUGAGACCGAUGGUGCCACUGGUACACAGCCAGCUGGUAAACUAGAAUCUAUUUCAGCCAUGCCGGUGUACAAAGAUAAAAGCCAUGAAGAACUUAGAUGGGAGGACUACCAGUUAGGAGAUAAAGGAGGGCCAGCUCCUGCCAGUCAGGCUACUUCAAUUGGUGGCUUUGGUAGUACAGGCUUUGGCUCAACGACUUCUGCAUUUGGUCAAACCGCAGCAAAUCCUUUCUCCUCUUCAGCAUCCUCUAACCCUUUCGCUCCAAAAACCCCAGCAUUUAGUAGCUCUGGUUUUGGACCUUCACCUACCUCUCCAUUUAGUUCUUCAGCCUUUGGGCAAUCCAGUACAUCUAAUAUUUUUGGUUCAACAUCGUCUGCUACACCCUCCUUAUUUGGUUCGACUCAAUCAUUUGGAGUGAAUACAUCCUCUUCUCUUUUUAGCUCAUCAAGCGCAUCUGGCUUUGCAUCACCAUCUAUUUUCGGUCCCUCAUCAGCACAGGGAGCUACAUCAGCAUUUGGUACCAGCUUGGGUAACACUCAGUCGUCCCCAUUAUUCCAGUCGACUACACCUACCCUCUCGCAGGCUAUUUCUCCCUUUGGACAAACUUCCUCUGCCUUCGGCCAAACUGGACCAGGAAUUUUUAGCACACCCUCCACUGGCUUUGCUAGCAAUUUGUUCUCCAGUACUCCAUCAUUAAUUAGUAACAAUAACACCCUGGGUUUUGGUCAAACAAAUCCCUCUCUGGCAAUGCCAUUUCAACCUGCACAACCGGCUAUUAAUUCUGGUGGUUUUAACUUUACCAACUUUGGUCAGUCACAAUCAGCCACGACAACUGGCAUUGGUGGCGCUUCUGGCAUCUUUAACAAUGGUACAUUUGGACAAUUGCCAGCUACUCAGAGUUCGGUUGCUGUCCAAGCAGCCCCCAUUACAAACCCAUUUGGAACUUUGCCAGCAAUGCCUCAGAUUUCAAUCAGCCGUGCAGGCACUUCUUCUAUUCAGUAUGGAAUUUCCAGCUUGCCAGUUGUUGAAAAACCAGCGCCUGUGAAACUAUCAUCACUUUUGACAUCCCGACACCUUUCUCAAAGGCGGCUUAGGAUGCCUGUGAGGAAAUAUAACCCUAGAAUCGAUGGCCCAAAGGUGGCAUUUUUUAAUGAUGAUGAAGAAACACCCAGCACACCAAAAGCAGACGCUCUUUUUGUUCCCAGGGAGAAUCCAAGAGCUCUAGUCAUUCGUCCGUUGGAACCACGGCAUUCCAGAUCGAGCACUGAGAAAACUAUGGCCGCUGGCACCCUUGUGCAUGUGAAUGGUAAAGUUGCACAAGAUGCAUACCAGUCUGUAAACGGGUACCAAACAAAGGACAAAGAUGCCUCGGAGGACCCAAUCCCGAACGGCGAAGACAACGCGAAACCAAAAUCCAACGGGACCCACAUCGAGACCACCGAGAAAGGCGGCGACUCAUACAUCACCUUGACCGGCCACCGAGCUGGCGAGGCAGCUAUAGCAUACGAACACGGUGCAGACGUCGAAGCCUUGAUGCCGAAGCUCCGACACUCGGACUACUUCACUGAGCCACGCGUGCAGGAGCUGGCAGCCAAGGAACGGGCCGAACCGGGCUUCUGUCGCCACGUGCGCGACUUUGUGGUGGGACGGCACAACUAUGGCAGCAUCAAGUUCUUUGGGGAGACUGACGUUAGGCGGCUCGACCUCGAGUCCCUCGUCCAGUUCAACAAUCGAGAGGUAAUUGUUUACAUGGACGAGAGCAAGAAGCCGGCCGUGGGACAAGGGCUGAACAAAGCGGCUGAGGUGACGCUUCUUAAUAUUAAGUGCUUUGACAAGAAGACGGGCCAGCAGGUGACGGAUGGGCCGAGAAUUGAAAAGUAUAGGGAGAUGUUGAGGAAGAAGGCGGAGGAUCAAGGGGCUGAGUUUGUGUCGUAUGAUGCGGUCAAAGGGGAGUGGAAGUUCAAGGUUGACCAUUUUAGCGGGUAUAGGCUCGGGGAAGAGGAUGACGAGAUAUGAUUGGUCUGGUCUGAUGAUGUGCGUGUGUAUCGAUUNUGCCAGCUUUUUUUGUUUUUUGUUU